UUUAAGUCUCCUUUUGACUCUGCACAUUGCAACAACAACAACACAAAACAGUAUAGUGAUCAUGAACAAUCAUCAGGACUGUGAAGUUGGCAGAAAUCAGAAACCUGUUCGAGUUUACACCGACGGAAUUUACGAUCUCUUUCACUUCGGUCAUGCCCGUUCUCUUGAACAAGCCAAGAAAUUGUUUCCAAACACAUAUCUCCUUGUUGGAUGCUACAAUGAUGAGAUGGACGAGAGUAAAAUCAUUAUGACCGAGCACGAACGCUAUGAGUCUCUUCGCCACUGCAAGUGGGUUGAUGAAGUUAUUCCAGACGCGCCAUGGGUAAUCAACCAGGAGUUCAUUGACAAGUGUUGGAAAUUAAAAUAAUUAAUUAUGCAUUUUCUAUUAAUUCUGCGUUUUCCAAGUAGUUAAUACAUUGUUUACUAGGUUCUAUGUAUCUUGGUAAACUGUAUUAGUUUAAUUCCUUGUAAAUUGCACAUAAUUAUGUAUUACCCUAGUAAGUUGUAACAAAUGAUUAUAAAUAAAGCUUUAUGCUGAGAGCAAUGUAUCUCAAGCAUAUUCAUAACAUUCUCUCUCUGUUUUUUCACAUGGUAUCAGAGCUCCUAAUCUAGGAGACUCUGCUUCUGCUAAUCCUUCUUUAGAAAAUCUGACUGGGCAUUUUUAUGCUGUCAAACCCUUAAAUCUUGACUGGGCAACUCUUGCUGUCAAGGUCUGUCAGUUAAACACUAUUUCUUCUUUCCGGUAGCUGUCUGUCCAGCCGCUGUUUGUACAUUUUAUUGCACUAAAAUACUAUGGAGGAGGAGAUUGUAAAUCCAUUUGCUCAGGGAGGAAGUUCUCAAGUCCAGAAUAACCAAUCUGGAGAACUACAGAGCAUCCAGCCUUCUUAUCGAUUAAAUGGGAAAAAUUAUUUGAAGUGGGCCCAACUUAUCCGUACUGUGUUAAAAGGAAAAGGUAAAAUCAGUCACUUAAUUGGUACUGGUCCUGCAGAGGGAGAUCCAACUUUUACUGCAUGGGAUGAGGAAGACUCGAUGAUUAUGGCAUGGCUAUGGAACUCAAUGAUUCCGGAGAUUAGUGAUACUUGCAUGUUUCUUAGCACUGCAAAAGAUAUUUGGGAUGCAAUAGAGCAAACUUAUUCGAAGGCCAAAGAUGCUGCCCAAGUUUAUGAUGUGAAGGUGAAAACAGUUGCUGCUAAGCAAGGAAAUAAAUCGGUCACAGAAUAUGCCAACCAAUUGAAGUCUCUUUGGAUGGAAUUGGAUCACUAUAGAGUGAUAAAAACUCACUGUGCAGCAGACUCAGCAGUUCUUAAGGAAUUUAUUGAACAAGAUAGAGUCUAUGACUUUCUUGUGGGAUUAAAUUCUGAAUUUGAUCAGGUAAGAAUUCAGAUUCUAGGAAAGCCUCAA